UGUGUUCAAUCUGUUUUGAAAAGUUCAAAAUUCCGCGUUAUCUACCAUGCACACAUUCGUUUUGUCAUGGUUGUUUAUCAUCCAAUAUCCUUAGCGCGUGCAAGGCUACGGAACCUCGUCUGGGUUUUAAUUGCCCAUUAUGUCGUACUUACAUUCCUUGUAUUGGCCAAACUAAUAGGCCUGAGGAGUGGGCGGAACUUUUUCCUGAGAAUGAUGUUUUGGAAAAAUUAUCAGUUAAUUCAGAAAUUACAUUUUGUCAGGCAUGUUUGCGGGAGAACGAAGAGGAGAAUGCGACCGAUUUUUGUUUAUACUGCGUGGAACAGUUGUGCAAAAUAUGUACAAAAAGUCAUAGAAGAGGUUUGACAACGCGUGAUCACGUGAUAAUUCCACUGAAAGAGAUGAAUGGGAUGAAUCUUACACCAAAAGCUGUCCAUGAGAACAUUUGUGCAAAACAUGGAGAUAAGAAGUUAGAGUUAUUCUGUAAUGAUCACGAAAAGCUGUGCUGCACGAUGUGUGUUAGCUUGGAACAUAGGAAAUGUGACAGUUUUGACACCGUGGACAAAACUGCAGAAACUGUAAGGAAAUUACUGAAUGAUAAGGCUGAUAAAUUAUUGGAGGAUGUGCAAAUUCUAGAAAACAAAUUAUCUGAUGCAAAAUGGGAGCAAGAAAGGUUUGUCAUACAACUAGACGCCAGUGCAGAUCGCAGUACGGAGAACACUGAAAAAACCUUCAACGAUGCUAUUGAUCACCUGCAAUGCUUAAAGAAUGAUUAUCUAACAAAAAUGUCCAAAGCUGUAAAGAAAAGCAAAGAGGAAUGUGAAAAAUGCUUAGAAGCUUUCACGGAUGGCAUUCAGUGCGCAAAUUUCUGUAACACCUUCCAUUUUAACUUGAUCAAUUCCAUUUGA